UUUUUUAUUUCACGCUGAUAUCAAAAAACAGCUGAGGUAACACGGUCAUCUGAGCAUCGGAAUGUCGACGUCGGAUCUCGUUAAAUAUUGACAAGAGGUGAAAAACACACUUUCCGCGUUCGCGUCUUUGAAAAGAUGAUAAUGCCAGCCGAAUACAAUAAUAGAAGCGCCUGCGCUCGAAAUCGUCGUAAAAUUUUUCACACAAUACCGCGAGUGAUAAGGGGAAUCUUUGCUCCAUCGCGCGCAACGUGUCGUCACCUAUCUCAGUCUUCUUUUGAUACCGCGACGUCUCGGAGUUUAUAAAAAAAAAAAAAUAAUAAUUUUCAGACAAUGAAAUUUGUACUAUUGUACCAACUGUGCGCCUACAGCGUGCUCUUGACGCUUUCGAAGGUCUAUGUCUCGGCAAAGAUGGAACUAAAAUUGCUGAGCGUCCUUUCGAUCAACAAAUUUUACGUUCCCGACUACAACUACUUGUCGCCCGAGUUCAAGGUUCCGAAAAAUUUGACCUACGAGUACUUCACGAGCAACGCUGUUGACGUCCCCAACAGCGUCAAGCUAGACUUGUUCGGCCUCGGGGUGAGCCUGCGAAAGACGUACGACCGUUUCCUCGGGUCCCUGUACACCGAGCCGGCGAUGCUGAUGCGCACGACCGAGUACCCCGUGUCCAUCAUCGCCGGGGAGCUGAUCAACGCCGGACUGUGGCCACCGGUCGGCCCGCAAAUCUGGAAGGAAGACCUCCCCUGGCAGCCCAUCCCCUUUGAGUACAAGCCAGCCACGGAGGACGCCGUGCUACUAGGCACCCUGUGCCCCACCUUCAAACUCGAAACGAGCCGGGUCCUCUCGGAGCGCGACGACCUGACCGGCGCCCACGUCCAGCUGGUCAGUCGCUUGCACGACAUCGGGAUCAUGAACAUCUCGACGCUCCUGGACGUGCCCUCCCUGUACUUCACCUUGGAAAACGCCGUGGAGCUGAACCGAACCCUGCCACAGUGGGCGUCGAGCGUUUUCCCCGGCCAAGGUCUCCUCAACGCGACUCUGGCCGCCUACGAGCUGCUGUCCCAGACGAAGGCCCAGAGACAACUGAACGGCGGAGCGCUCGUCAAGCUGCUUCUCCAGGACUUCCACGAGGCCGACGAGCGCAAGAUCAGCGUGUUCAGCGGGGACGAUCGGCUCUUGGCCGGGGUCUCGAGGAUCCUUGGCGUGCCGGCGAAGGAUGUACCGGCUGCCGGCGCGGCGCUGAUUUUCGAGCUCCACGCCGACGACGACGACGAGCGUUUCGUCAAGAUCAUGUACUACACCGGGGGCAAGGAUGCCGAAUUCUUUCCCUACCCGGUGGGCUGUGGCAUUUUUUGUCCCAUGAGGAAUUUCACCGAAUUGGUGGCGGAUUCGUUGCCCGGAGAUGGUCUUGCCCUCUGCCGCGGGACCAAUCAUUCCACGGACGGCCCAAGAGGCUCCUCCUCGGUGGAUCUCGGCGUUUCGAACUAUUUCCUACUUAUUCCCGUACUUUCGGUUGCUUUGCCGUUGGCCGUCCCCGGGAGUUCUCGGUUGUAAAAAUUUUGCGAGUGACCGAUUCCAAGGAGGCUUAUGAACGGUGCGCGUGACUAGUGUCGGGUGAAUUGGAAAAAAAGGACUUACCCUGCGGUAUGGAUGUAUAGGAGAAAAUCUGCCAAAUUUCCUUGGUGGUUGUUUUUGAGGUAUGUGUAACUGAUGUCGGUUCGGAUGCCGGCGAUGGAGUGAAGGUGGACACAGGGACGCGUCAAGCUUUAAACUAUCUUCGUUGUAGCGUCUCAUCGGGGAUUUUGUAAAUCAACGCCGGACGCGUCGUCGAUAUUGUCGAACUGUACUGUUAUUUUCGAAACUUCCAGUUAAUAAUUGAUUUGUGUAUCUAUACAUAUAGAAAGAAUAAAUAAAAAUAAUAAAAACGAGAAAAUGUGCCUUUGACGUGUAGGUUUGAAGCUUUCAACUCGCUGCGCAGAC